UCUUGUUUUUUCAUUUUUAAAAAGCAGCUCAAUUUUGUUUGUUUAAAUCUUUUCUUUUCUUUUAGCAACACUCUAAUGACUAAAAAAGAAGCUGCCGGUGUCAAACCUUCACAGUUUACCAAGAAGGCCACACAACCACCUCUUAUCAACAAGAUCCCAACAAACAAUAAUAGUGAUGGUAUCUCAGAUGCGGAAAAGUUUAGAUUAAUUGAUCAAUCAGGGCUGAUGCAGAAGGUUAAACAACGCGAGUCUGAACUGCUGGUGAAAAAGCAAGCAACAACAUCAGAGUAUGUUUGGCAAGCAAUCUUUUUAAGCAUUCCUUUUGGCUUUUUAAUGGCCACUUUUGAUAUAACUGUAAAGGUUCAAUUUAGCGAACCUUGGAAUUAUGCUGGCAUAUUCGCUAAAUGUGCAAAGUCUGCCCCAGCGCUUGCACCUUUAAUAUACUUGAGCAAUCGUUACAAGUCUGGUCGAACUACACAAAUUUUAAUGGCCAUCGGUUCAGCGGUUAUAGGUUCCUUCUUGAUGUAUACUUUGCGCCACUCUCCUUCGUUAGGCCAAAUGAUGCGUGCUCCUGGAUUGGCCACUGUUUGGAUCUAUUUUAUUGUACAACUUGAUCUGAUCCCAGCAACAGUGACAUUAGCAUUAGUUGGACUAUAUUAUUAUUUUGGACUACGAGUUUGAGAGGUAGCGAGAUAAGGAUGAGGGAGGAGUAUUACACAUUUUAUUAGUAGAAAUAAAAGUGUAAAAAUAAAUAAAUAAAUAAAUAAAUAAGUGUUGAUUAUACUUCAAGAAAAUUAUUUCUUGAGAUAAUAACGUUGAUAAAUAGUAGCACCGACAGCGAUAGCAGCAACGCCUACAGUGACAG